AUGCACGCACCCACGCCCCUCCGCCUCCUCCUCCACCGCCGCACAUAUACAACCUUCACCACCACCCGGGCACACCCGCUGAUAACAACAACCUCCAUCCCCGCCCCGCACACCGGCUCCAUAAAGCUCCUCAAGCUCAACCGCCCAGCGGCCAAAAACGCAAUCUCGCGCGCGCUGCUGGCGGAGCUCGCUGAGCAUGUCAAUGCCAUUGGCAGCGGGGAGGACAGCGAUACGAGGGUCUUGAUCAUUGGGAGUGCGGUGGAGGGCGUGUUUUGUGCGGGGGCCGAUCUGAAGGAGCGCGCAGGCUUCACAAAAGCUGACACCGACGCCUUCCUCACCAGUCUCCGCAGCACACUCACAGCCCUGUCCACACUACCCAUCCCCACCAUCUCCGCCAUCGACUCCGUCGCGCUCGGCGGCGGCCUCGAGCUCGCGCUCGCCACAGACCUGCGCGUCGUGGCCGCCGCCGCGCAACUCGGGCUGCCUGAGACGCGGCUCGCAAUUGUGCCUGGUGCCGGCGGGUGCUUCCGGCUGCCGGCGCUGGUGGGGCGGAGUAGGGCGCUGGAUUUGAUACUGACUGGGAGACGGGUGGGGGCGGCGGAGGCGCUGGGGAUGGGGUUGGUGAAUCGGGUGGUGGAGGGGGACGCGGUGGAGGGUGCGGUAGAGGUUGCGAUAGAGGUUUGUCGUGGGGGCCCGGUGGCGGUGAGGGCGGCGGUAGAGGCGGUAGGAAGGGGGGUGGGCGGGGAGGUGGCGGAGGGGUGGGCGUAUGAGAGGGUUGUGGGGACGUGGGAUCGGAAUGAGGCGUUGAGGGCAUUUAGGGAGAAGAGGAAGCCAGUGUUUAGGGGGGAGUAG